CACUUCACCACUGUUUGUACUUCCUCUAAGUUGAUAAAGAAUGGUGGGUGACUCGCGGUUGGCUGUUGUAGGUUAAACAAAGUUACGGAGAAAACUGCUCACGAAUUCUCAAGGUUGAUCAUAUUUUCAUGGAAGAGACUGGAUUACACCUACCAGAAGAUCCCAUUUCUGGAAUGCUGGACUCUGAGUCCCCUGCCAUGGAGAGCAAUGGGGAUGGCUUUCUUCCUGACAUUCCUGUUCUAGGCCAAGGUGCCGAGUGGUCCCUGGACCAGGUUGCUCCAGAGACACUUAGCAGCAUGGUGACAGAAGACUCAGAUGCAUCCCAGGAUGCGCAGCAACAACCAGACCAGCAGGUAAAUGCUACAGUGGAGAAGGCUGUGGAGCAGUUCCAGCUUGCUAGUGCUCAGCUCUUCCAAGAGGACCAGGCAACCCCUCUGCAAGAACCGACAGGAGAGACAGACCAGCAGUCAGAGUCUGUGGAAUCCCCGCAACAGAGCCAGGACAUGAACCUAGAGACAGAGAGUACCUUAAAGGAUGGCAGCCAAGAUGAGGCUGAGGUUGCGCAGGUGACAGAAGAUGGUAUGGAGCUAGAAGAACAGUCAAAAGAGACAGCAGAAGAACCAGCUGCACCUGCUGAGCCCCAACUGCCCAGUGAGUUUGAUAAACUCUUCAAAGGCUGUGAGGAGAACCCAGAAGACUUCAAUGGUUGGGUCUAUCUGCUGCAGUAUGUAGAGCAAGAGAAUUUUCUUGAAGCAGUGAGAAAGGCAUUUGACGUAUUCUUCCUGCGAUAUCCCUACUGCUAUGGCUACUGGAAGAAGUAUGCUGAUAUAGAGAAAAAGCAUGGCAACAUCCAAGUUGCUGAAGAGGUUUACAGAAGAGGAUUGCAGGUGAUCCCUCUAAGUGUUGAUCUGUGGGUCCACUACAUGACCUUCAUCAAAGAGAACUCAGACCCUGAUGAUCCAGAGACGGAAGGACGUAUUCGAGCUGCCUAUGAGCAUGCGGUGCUGGCAGCAGGCACUGACUUUCGCUCAGACCGUCUGUGGGAGUCUUAUAUCAACUGGGAAACAGAGCAACAGAAGCUGGCUAAUGUCACAGCCAUCUAUGACCGUAUUUUGGGCAUCCCGACCCAGCUGUAUUCCCAACACUUCCAGAGGUUCAAGGAGCAUGUACAAAGCAACAACCCCAAACACUUCCUUUCAGAAGAAGAGUUUGUUCAGCUGCGGCUUGAGCUCUCCAAAUCUAACUUGUCAGCCAUGGUUGGUGAAGAUGGAGAAGCAUCAGUUGCUCAAGAGGAGCUACCACCCGGCACAGAAGACCUUGUUGACCCUGCUAAGAGAGUUACGGAGAUUGAGAAUAUGCGCCACAAGGUGAUUGAGGUUCGACAAGAAGUCUUCAACCACAACGAACAUGAAGUUAGCAAGCGUUGGGCAUUUGAAGAUGGGAUCAAGAGGCCAUACUUUCAUGUCAAAGCCUUGGAGAAGACCCAGCUGAACAACUGGAAGGAGUACUUGGACUUUGAGAUUGAAAAUGGGACUCCGGAGCGAGUGGUUGUUCUCUUUGAAAGAUGCCUCAUCGCCUGUGCACUCUACGAGGAGUUCUGGACCAAGUAUGCAAAAUAUCUAGAGGGCUACAGUACUGAUGGUGUGAGACAUGUCUACAAGAAGGCGUGUACCAUCCACCUUCCCAAGAAACCAACCAUCCACUUGCUGUGGGCAGCCUUUGAAGAGCAGCAAGGCAGCGUAGAUGAGGCACGUGGAAUCUUGAAGUCCUUAGAAGCAGGAGUACCAGGGCUGGCCAUGGUACGUCUUCGGAGGGUCAGCUUGGAGCGUCGUCAUGGAAACAUGGAAGAAGCGGAGACGCUGUUGAGGGAGGCCAUAGAGUCUGCGAAGAAUCCUUCUGAAGCAUCGUUUUAUGCUGUGAAGUUGUCUAGGCUGUUUAUGAAGGUGCAGAAAAGUUUGAGCAAAGCCAGGAAGGUCCUCCUGGAAGCCAUCGAAAAAGACCAGACAUGUCCAAAACUCUAUCUAAACCUGCUGGAGCUGGAAUACAGUGGAGACGUGACACAGAAUGAGGCAGAGGUCUUGGCUUGUUUCGACCGAGCCCUGAAGAGCCCAAUGCCCCUCGAAUCCCGUCUCCUUUUCUCACAGCGUAAGGUUGAGUUCCUGGAGGACUUUGGCACUGACAUCAAUGUGCUUGUAGCAGCAUAUGAGGAACACCAGAAACUACAGAAAGAAAGUGAACCAGCAAAAAGGAAAGCUGAGAACGGAUAUGAAAGCUCUCAGGAACCAGAUGCUAAGAAACAGCGUGUGGAUGAUGGCUCUUCUGCUGCAAAUGCAAUGACAGACAUGCAGGCAAACAACUCUGCAUACAACUACAACUGGUACCAGCAGCAGUACGGCGGCUGGGGACAGAACUCCUGGGGACAAUACAACCAAUAUACCCAAUAUAACCAGUACUACCCUCCUCCUCCUACAUGAUGGACAAAAUCCUGAUAUGAAGGAGGAGACUCAGAAGAAAGCAUCCUUUCUGACCUGCCUUCAUUUCUGGACAGGGCUACUUAACAAGCUGUCAUGGAAAGUCCAGUGUAUUUUUUUCCCCUUGUCUGUACUAAAGGCCAGACAAGCUGAUUAGAGUUGUUUGGCAAUAGGUGUCCUGAUCAGUUUAAUCACACGUUGAAGCGCUACUUUGGCACACUUUACCCCGCCAUGGAAGUUAUGAUGUUUGAAAACCUUUAAUAGCUUAAUUCAUCUCCCAACAGUGGCUGCUUUUUGAGUUCUUUAAUGCAUGUUAUUUGUGAAGGCAGGAUUUUAUUUCCUUGGGUGAAAAAAUGUUUUUUUUUUUUCUUUUUUUCAUUUUUAGAUAGGAUGACUUAAUUUGGUCUCUUUCUUCGUGUUAAAGAUUUAAAUCUGUUAAAGAGGGAUGUAGUGCUAAACCUCUGAUUCUCCUUCCAAAUUUGAAAGAUUUUUAAUAUUUCAUGGUGGUUUCAGAAAGAAAAUGAUCAGUUCCUUGUUUUUUUUAUUUUGACUUGAUUUCAUAAUAAAGAGAUGGAUAUCCUGUA